CACUACUAUUAUUAUCUUAAAGCACAUACACUUAACUUUGAUCAUGGGUCGGGUCAUGAUUAUUCAAGUACUAGCUCUCUGCUCGCUUCUUGUCUUUCCAAAUUUAGCUGUUGCUCAACUCAAACAGAAUUACUACGCAAACGUAUGCCCAAAUGUAGAAACAAUUGUACGUAAGGCAGUAACAACCAAAUUUCGCCAAACCUUUGUCACUGUCCCAGGAACUCUUCGGUUGUUCUUUCAUGAUUGCUUUGUUCAGGGGUGUGAUGCUUCGGUUAUGGUAGCAUCCAGUGGAUCAAACACUGCAGAAAAAGACCACCCGGAUAACUUGUCAUUGGCUGGAGAUGGAUUUGAUACAGUUAUAAAAGCGAAAGCUGCAGUUGAUGCUGUUGCAAGUUGUAGAAAUAAGGUGUCUUGUGCUGAUAUUCUCACCAUGGCUACACGAGAUGUCAUUGUGCUGGCAGGUGGGCCAUCAUACCCAGUGGAGCUGGGGAGAUUGGAUGGACUGAGUUCGACGUCAGCUAGUGUAGGUGGGAAGCUGCCCAAACCAAACAUGAAUUUGGACCAGCUCAAUGCCAUGUUUGCUGCCAAUGGCUUAACUCAAGCUGAUAUGAUUGCCCUCUCAGGUGCACACACCCUUGGGUUCUCCCAUUGCGACCAGUUUGCGAACAGGAUAUACAAUUUCAGCAAGCAGAAUCCGGUGGAUCCAACUCUAGACCCGAGUUACGCUAAUCAACUGAAACAACAGUGUCCAAAGAAUGUUGACCCAAACAUAGCUAUAAAUUUAGAUCCCAGCACACCUAGAAUUUUUGACAACGUGUAUUACAAGAAUCUGCAGCAAGGAAAAGGACUUCUAACUUCUGACCAGGUUCUCUUCACUGACUCAAGAUCAAAACAGACGGUCAUCUCAUGGGCAUCCAAUGCUCAAGCUUUUAACAAUGCAUUCAUCGCGGCUAUGACUAAACUAGGUCGGGUUGGUGUCAAGACGGGCCAAAAUGGGAAUAUCAGGAGAGAUUGUGCUGCAUUUAAUUGAGAUUAAAUAAAACUCAAUGUAACAGAACUAAUUGCAUAAAUACAAUGAUAAGAGUUAAAACAA